UCCAAGUUGCACGUUCAUCUAAUUAAUCGGUUUAUUGUCCCAUUUGCUGAAGACAAUAAAAUUUUGUUUGUGUAGUUUAAACCGAGACAAACGCUAAAUUGCGAACAUUGCAUAAACCUAACGUCAGUCUAAAUAAUUUAACAAUUAAUUAAGCGCUUUAAACAAUAAAAAAAUUACGAAACGUCUUUUAUUUAAACAAAUAUUCGAUAUUUCAAUAUCUUCUGCGGAAACAUAAUUUCCGAAAUCAUUAUUCGCUGACAUCCGCGAAUAAAAAUGCGCCUAGAGUAAAAAAUAGAACAAAGAAAACACUGAAUAUAAAAAUAAAACAAUAAAAAUAAAAUUCCCUCGACUCCCAUUCGUGGCGGAAAAUGAAUUCUGCUGCAGUGCGAUAAUCGCCCGCGUGUCCCUUCCUUAUGUGAGCCGUCUGGUUCUGUUCACCUAUCGUUUCAUUACAAGAUGAUGGCGAAAUGAAAGUGGUACUGCAAACGAAAGUAUGCAGAAAUGAAAGUUGCAUUCAGUUGCGCGACUAAAAAUGAUUCUACUCGCAGAAUUGUUUCACUUCCGCCGCGUGCGGACAAAAAAUCCCGCGCCCGGUGGAUCGCGCAGAUACUUCACUAAUUUCUCGUCGUUGACCGCCAAUUGUAAUGCGUGAAUUCAUUGAUAAUUAUUGAGUGACGAAUGUUGACAAAUAUCGGGGAAUCGUUCGCAUGUUUCCGAUGCAGCCUGCGUGACGGAUAGCGAAACGUGUGACAUGUGGAAGUUAAUCGUGAAAAUGCUAUCACUUAAACAUCGCAAUAAGUGAAACAAUAUCUAUGUUUGGAACUCGCUCGAGUCCUCGUAACCGAGGCAGGUGGUCUCCAGUGUGUUUUCCGACGGGGGACAAACCGUCCACCUAAUAAAAUAUUAACCGCCUUCGGCGUUUGUUCGCGUUCACACAGCAAUUGCGUGCCCCAGAGCGAGUAUAACGUCCCCACGCCGCCGAAAAAUCCCUAAAAAAUUGAUAAAAUGUAUCAAUAAUCACGGAAUUAUGGUGAGAGCUUGACGAGUGUGAGGCAGUUGGUGGUGUCGUCAAGAAGGCUCGGUUUCUAUGAGAGUGCGUUUCGAAAAAUUGCCAAGAUGUGCGCGGAGGCAAUGUCAGUGGUGAAUUUCUACGAUGAAAAAUCAAUACUUAUUACGGGAGCUACAGGUGGAAUAGGGAAACUGCUGAUUGAAAAGCUGCUGAGGUCCUGUCCCAAUAUCGGGAAUAUUUAUGUGCUCCUCCGGCCGAAACGCGGCGAGACUGCCACUGAACGAGUUUCGAAUUUGUUAAACACACCGAUUUUUCACAAAUUACGCGGUGCUGAUCCGGGAAUACUGACGAAGGUCGUCAUGAUCGAGGGGGACUUGUGCCAGCCUGACUUGGGGAUUUCUGAGACGAAUAGGGAAGAGCUUGCGAAAAAUGUCUCCGUUGUUUUCCACUGUGCGGCGAUUUUGCAAUUCGAUUUGAGUUUGGAGGACGCUUUAUCCAUUAAUGUCUUCGGGACUCGGCGACUUCUGUUGUUCUGUCAUAGAAUGAGUAAAAUCGAGGCGUUUAUUCACGUUUCGACGUUAUACUCCACUUGCAACAGGCCCAAGAUUGAGGAGUGCAUCCCGUCAAUUCCAGCUUUGGACGGGAGACUCGAUUUCAAUAAAAAUAUCAGGGAUUUUGUCGCAGCGCUACCCGAGGAUGUGGUGAAGGAUUGGCCCAAUACUUACGCUUUUUCCAAGGCCCUGGCGGAAUUAAUGUUGAAUGCGCACAGGGGAAUGCUGCCGAUAGGCAUUGUCAGACCGUCCAUCGUUCUGUCAACACUGAGAGAACCAAUGCCAGGGUGGAUCGAUAAUUUUUACGGCCCUACAUUGUCGAUUUCCAAUGGAGCCCUAGGUAUUCUGAGAACAGUUAUUUGUGACGGUGAAAAAGUGGGAGACAUCAUACCAUCAGACCUCGUGGUGAAUCUGCUGAUAACCGUCGGUUGCAAGACGAAGUAUCAAGGGACGAGUGAAAUAAAAGUCUACAACUGUUGCACAGGCCGGCAAAACCCCAUGAAAAUGAAGCAGUUGCUCGACGACUGCCAGAAGUACGCGCGGAUGUACCCACUGAUGGCGGCAAUACGAUACCCGAAUUUGACUCAUCGAUCGUCUUACGUGGCUCACUGGAUCGUCUCGAAAGUCCAGCACAGAUUGUUAUCUUAUAUUCUCGAUUUUGUCGCGCUCUUCACGUCCAAGAGGGGCCGAAUGAUUCGGAUUCACAACACCCUUGCUCGAAUUCUGGGCAGUCUGGAUUACUUCACACUGCGCCAGUGGGCGGUCGACGAUUACAAUGUGGAAAGACUCAGCAGCGAAAUGAGCGACAAGGAGAAGGACAUAUUCUACUUCGAUCCCAAGAUCAUUGACUGGAAAUUGUACGCGAAGAUCUAUUCCCUGGGCAUCAGGAGGCAUCUGUUCAAGGAGAAGAUGGAUGACAUCGAGGAAGCUAAAGCGCGAAUGUCAAAUUUGUACUGGAUGGAGAAAUCUCUGCAGGUUUUCAUCUCAGUCUCGUCAUUCAUUUCGAUUUACUACUGGAUAAAGUCACGACGCAAUAGAAUUAAAUCGUAACAGGACUGAUAAUUUUCCUCAUAAUUUUCCCCGCAUUUCCGUAUUUUUUUACUCCCGAGGCCUCUUAAUCCUUAAACUGCACUCAUUUUUUUACAUCGGGGCAUAUUAUUCCGAUGAAGUGGACUUCUAUAACCCAUGAUUAUAAAUUUGGCUGACGUCGCCUGACAAAAUGUAAAAUAAUUCAAUUUUUCAUUGAGACAUUAGAGGAGAUCAAGUGGAAAAUUUAAGCUUUUAUAACGGUUUUUUAAAUUGAUAGCAACAAUACAUUCGAAAAAUAAUUCCUACUCGCCCUUCGACCCUGUGUGCAGCUUGAGGAUUAAUUUCAGGAUCAGGUCAUGAAGAAUUGAAGAAAAAUGCGUCCACUGAUUUGCAAUUCAACAUGUCGAAUGGAAUUUAUUGAGCAAUAACUCAACUUCGUGAGUAGUAUUGGACCCAAAUAAUUUUUACGACUGUUACAGAAUAAUAAAUGUUACGAAGUAAUGUAAGAUUCAAAUAAAGAAAUUCA